AUGGUUGGCGCCGACCUCGACGCGGGACUGGUGUUCAACCCCAUGACCACGUCGCUGUACUGUGAUGGACACGUAAGGACAAGCUUCUACGACAACUCGGAGCUGUCGGAGCUGUCGGUGAUCAGCGCCAUGAACAUCAGGUGGUGGAGGCGGACAGGAACGAGGGUCUGGAAGAAGCAUGGGCAUGACGACGAGGCCAAGUCCGACGACGAGUCUGUUGACAUGACAGCCAUGAAUGAGAAAGUAAAUGCCGAAAAAGAAACCGUGAGUGUCCAGUUUCCCGCCGGUGGCUCCGUAAAUGAGUCGUUUUCUUUUCCACAGAAUUGGGCAUGUGCGGCCUCGAACAAGUCUCCAUGGACACUUGCAGCUCAUCAGUCCUAA